UCCAAAACUGAUUCAAACUGAAAGAUUGGGCCGAAGCCUGGUCCCCUAAAAUACCCCUCUCUCAUCAACCGCAAAACAUCGCUCUCUCUCUCUCUCUCCUGCAUCUCUAUCCGCCGCUUCAACGCGUCGGACGGCAUAUCCCUGGCCGGAAACUCACGCCAUCACGUCAUUCAGUCGUUGGCUCAGAUUCGUAGCCCAGGGCCCAAAAUGCAAACGCUCCUAAUAGCAAGUGAAGAAUCCCACAUUGUUCUUCGGCUUGUCAACGGCGGCAGCCAAACCCUAGACUUCAUCAAGGACUUUGUAGUCCGGAUUGGUGACGUUAUCUGCAGAAAACCCAAUUUUGACCUUGUCGAUCAAAGGAUUUCCGAGCAUAAUGGAGUACUGCCUUGUGCGCUUCAAGCUAUGAUUGAGACCGUUGGUGAUCAAUGCCAGCUAAGGACUAAAAAUUGGUUCUCGCGAAGAAAGGGUUGCAACAAUGAAAGAGAGUCACAGCCAGUUUUCAAUGUCUUGGACGCAUUGUUGAAAGAUAGUUUGGAGCGUUUGAAGACGAUGAGGGAAUGCAUAUCAUGGGGACACAUGGGUUCAAGUUUUUGCUCAUUGGAAGCCAAUUACACGCAGCAUGUAACAAUUAUUAGGACUUUGUGUUUGGAAGGUAAGCUGGGAGCAGCCAUAUGGCUUAAGAACAAGAUGAUUCAUAAUGAUCUAGUUCCAGAUAUUAUUACACACAAUUAUAUUGUAAAUGCUCUUUGCAAAGCUGGUGAAUUGAAGAAAGCGGAUUGGCUUGUUAGUGAGAUGUUAUAUUGGGGUCCCAGUCCCACCUGUGCUACGUAUAACACUUUAAUGAAGGGCUAUUGCCUUGUGGAUAAUGUGGAUAGAGCCCUCGAUCUUUUCUCUACGAUGGGGAAUAGAGGUGUUUUGCCAAAUAGAGUUACCUGUAACGUUCUAGUCCAUGCACUUUGCAAGAAAGGGCUAUUGGAGGAUGCUGUGAAACUUCUUGAAGAGAUAUUAGUUGAUAAUUGUUUUGACAAGGAAAGAUCAAAUUUAAUCACUUCAACCAUACUCAUGGAUGGUUACUUUAAGAGUGGAGAUACGAUGCAAGCUCUCGUCUUGUGGAAUGAUAUGAUCCGGAGGGGCUCCCAAAUGGAUGUUACUGCUUAUAAUGUGGUUAUUCAUGGAUCUUGUUUGAGUCAAGAUGUGACAGUUGCAUAUCAGUACUUAUCUGAAAUGCUUAAAAGUGGUUUUCUCCCUGAUGUUUUCACUUACAAUACUCUCAUAAGUGCGCUUUGUAAGGAAGGAAAGACUGAUGAGGCUUGCUAUAUCCACAGUGUUAUGUCAAGAUUGGGGGUUUUUCCAGAUCAAAUCUCAUACAAAAUGCUCAUUACAGGCCUCUGUGUUCAGGGGGAUGUAAUGAAGGCUAGUGAAUUUCUUCUUUCCAUGUUAGAGAGUUCAAUAGUACCCGAGCCUGUCAUUUGGAAUGCCAUAAUUGAUGGCUACGGGAGAACUGGAGAUACAAAAAAAGCUCUCUCCAUUAGAGAUCAAAUGGUGAAAUUUGGUGUCUUGCCAAACAUAUUUACUUACAAUAUAUUGAUUCAUGCACACAUAAAAGGAGGCAAAAUUGCUGAAGCUUAUUCUCUAAAGAAGGAAAUGAUCUUAAAUGGUCUUUUCCCUGAUUUGGUUACGUAUAACCUGUUGGUUGGUGCUGCUUGUGGCAUUGGAGACAUUCGUUCUGCACUCCAGUUACAUGAUGAAAUAUUGAGGCGAGGUUAUAAUCCAGAUAUCAUAACUUAUACGGAACUCAUCAAAGGCUAUAGUUUGAAGGGUAAAUUAAUGGAGGCAGAAAAACUUUUUGCCAUUGUGCAGAGGUCUGGUAUACCCGUUGAUCAUGUACCAUUUCUAAUACUCAUGAAAAAGUACUGCAAGUGGAGAGAUCUUGACAGGGCAUUUGACCUUUAUCAAGUGUGGUGCGAAAGGGACAAAUAAUUGUGUGCGUUAUUAACUGAGAACUGAUGCCCCAUAAUGGCUUGUCCGUUACUGACCUUGAAACUGAGGGCCUGUUCAGGAAUUGCUAUGGCGUACUUCGAGCCAAAUUCAUUCUUGUUACUUAGCGUGGUUCUCUAUAGAACUGACAUGCUUUGAUUUCAGAAAAGCCUCAGUCCUUGCUUUCUGUAUAAAGGGAGAUGGCCAUACAAAGGAUGCCAACCUACCAAUUAGAAUCUAGUCCAACGAAGGCAUUCAAUUGCUGAAUAGGUUGAACCAGUUGAUAAUGUUUGCAAAGCAUGGCCUGAAUAAUCACAACUUAUAAUGGUGGCAGUUUUCCCCUUGUAUCAACCAUUGCCUUUGUGGCAGGCCUACUGAAUAACCACUUGUACAGCAUCCAGAAUUCGAUUGAAGGCCUGUACUGGAAGCAGCUUGACUUAAACUACCCUGGCAUGCCUGAUUCAAUGGUGCAUGGUGCAAUGAAGUGCGUUUGAGUGCAUUUGUAAAUAGUGCACCAUGGAUUUUAUUUUGCAUACAACACAUCUGUUCGCCCUUGUACUGUGAAUGCUGUUAAAAGAGUGAAGCAAUUGUAUUGCAUUGAUAUUAUGGGUUACUGACCAUUCAAUGGGAGGGUGCUGUGGCUGCUCUUUAUGGACUGGAUCUCACGGUUGCUUGCUUGUGUCUAUCAGGACAUUGGAAUUGGGGCCUGACUGUGUUAUAUACGGAGCGAAGUUUCGUGUGGAUGUUACACAUAAAUUUCCAGAAAUUUGGUUCAUGGGAUGAAGCCAACAAUGUUUGGAACUUGAACUUGGCUUGGCACCUUCCAUGCCCGUUCUAGUGGACGAAAGCCUUGUUCCAUCAUUGCCAACAGUCUAAGGAUGUCAACCUAGCCCUGACACUUCACACACCAAAAAUGUUCUUGGAUGGUCUCAAUGUGACCUUAAUUUUGUUUGGUUUGUACUUGGUGGUACUAUGUCGCUCCUUUUCCAAUUUAUUGUUAUGUAUCCCAUGCCCAUUUAGACGUUGGAACAGUGUUGUGUUAAAUGCCCCCAUGCACAAUGACAGGUUGCAAAUUCUUAUGUUUAUGUAAUGGUUUUGUUUGAGCUGCCAUGGACAAUUAGACAAGCUCUGUUGAGUUCUGGCAUAA